AUGAGCAAGCCCGCCGGAUCAACAAGCCGCAUUUUAGAUAUUCCUUGCAAAGUGUGUGGUGACCGCAGCUCCGGAAAGCACUACGGGGUCUACGCUUGCGAUGGCUGCUCUGGAUUCUUCAAGAGGAGCAUCCGAAGGAAUAGGACCUAUGUCUGCAAGUCUGGAAACCAGGGAGGAUGCCCCGUAGACAAGACACACAGAAACCAAUGCAGGGCGUGUCGACUGAAGAAGUGUUUGGAAGUCAACAUGAACAAAGAUGCCGUGCAGCACGAGCGGGGGCCUCGGACGUCCACCAUCCGCAAACAGGUGGCCCUCUACUUCCGUGGGCACAAGGAAGACAAUGGGGCCGCUGCUCACUUCCCCUCCGCGGCGCUGCCAGCCCCAGCUUUCUUCACAGCGGUCACGCAACUGGAGCCGCACGGUCUCGAGUUAGCUGCUGUAUCUGCCACCCCUGAACGGCAGACUCUUGUGAGCCUGGCUCAGCCCACGCCCAAGUAUCCCCAUGAAGUGAAUGGGACCCCAAUGUAUCUCUACGAAGUGGCCACUGAGUCCGUGUGUGAAUCAGCUGCCAGGCUUCUCUUCAUGAGCAUCAAGUGGGCAAAGAGUGUGCCAGCCUUUUCCACGUUGUCCUUGCAAGAUCAGCUGAUGCUUUUGGAAGACGCAUGGAGAGAACUGUUUGUUCUAGGAAUAGCACAAUGGGCCAUUCCGGUUGAUGCUAACACUCUACUGGCUGUAUCUGGCAUGAAUAGUGACAACACAGACUCCCAGAAGCUGAACAAGAUUAUAUCUGAAAUACAGGCUUUGCAGGAGGUGGUGGCUCGGUUCAGACAGCUCCGAUUAGACGCCACUGAAUUUGCCUGUCUGAAAUGUAUUGUCACUUUCAAAGCUGUUCCUACACACAGUGGUUCUGAACUGAGAAGUUUCCGGAAUGCUGCCGCCAUUGCAGCUCUCCAAGAUGAGGCUCAGCUAACUCUCAACAGCUACAUUCAUACCAGAUACCCCACCCAACCCUGCCGAUUUGGGAAACUCUUGUUGCUUUUACCAGCUUUACGGUCAAUCAGCCCAUCCACCAUAGAAGAAGUGUUUUUCAAAAAAACCAUCGGCAACGUGCCGAUUACGAGACUACUUUCAGAUAUGUACAAAUCCAGCGACAUCUAA